AUGACUUCCGUCGAGACUCAGCUCAAGGAUGUUGCCAUCCUCGGCAGCAUCCCCAAUGAUGCCCGCAAGAUCCUCACAAAAGACGCCUGCGCUUUCCUGGCCAUCCUCCACCGCACCUUCAACCCUACUCGCAAGGCCCUCCUCCAACGCCGUAUCGAUCGCCAGGCCGAGAUCGACAAGGGCCACCUGCCCGACUUCCUCCCCGAGACCAAGCACAUCCGUGAGAACGACGCAUGGAAGGGUGCCCCUCCUGCUCCCGGUCUCGUCGACCGCCGUGUCGAGAUCACCGGUCCCACCGACCGCAAGAUGGUGGUCAACGCCUUAAACUCCGAUGUCUGGACCUACAUGGCCGAUUUCGAGGACUCCAGCGCCCCAACCUGGGAUAAUAUGAUCAACGGCCAAGUGAACCUCUACGACGCCAUCCGUCGCCAGGUGGACUUCAAACAAGGUGGAAAGGACUACAAGCUCCGCACCGAUCGUACCCUACCUACUCUUAUCGCCCGUGCCCGUGGCUGGCACCUAGACGAAAAGCACUUCACCAUCAACGGUGAAGCUAUCUCCGGCUCCCUCUUCGACUUCGGACUCUACUUCUUCCACAACGCCAAGGAGCUCGUCGCCCGCGGCUUCGGUCCAUACUUCUACCUGCCAAAGAUGGAGUCUCACCUUGAGGCUCGUCUCUGGAAUGACGUCUUCAACCUUGCCCAGGACUUCAUCGGUAUUCCCCGCGGUACUAUCCGUGGAACAGUCCUUAUCGAAACCAUCACUGCCGCCUUUGAGAUGGACGAGAUCAUUUACGAGCUUCGCGAUCACAGCUCAGGCCUUAACUGCGGUCGCUGGGAUUACAUCUUCUCCUUCAUCAAGAAGUUCCGUCAACACCCUAACUUCGUUCUCCCCGAUCGCUCAGACGUAACAAUGACAGUCCCCUUCAUGGACUCAUAUGUCAAACUCCUAAUUAAAACCUGUCACCGUCGCGGUGUCCACGCAAUGGGCGGUAUGGCCGCUCAAAUCCCCGUAAAGAACGACCCCGCCGCAAACGACAAGGCAAUGGAGAACGUCCGAGCCGAUAAACUCCGUGAAGUUCGCGCCGGUCACGACGGAACCUGGGUUGCGCAUCCCGCACUCGCCGCUAUCGCCUCAGACGUCUUCAACAAAUACAUGCCCACACCAAACCAGCUCUUCAUCCGUCGCGAAGAAGUCAACAUCACAGCAAAUGAUCUCCUAAACACCAAUGUCCCUGGAAAGAUCACCGAAGAGGGUAUCCGCAAGAACCUCAACAUCGGUCUCAGCUACAUGGAAGGCUGGCUCCGUGGUGUUGGCUGUGUCCCAAUCAACUACCUCAUGGAAGACGCUGCUACUGCUGAAGUCUCCCGUUCCCAACUCUGGCAAUGGGUUAAGCACAAUGUUGCCACUGCCGAGGGCAAGCGUGUUGAUAAGGCUUACUCGCUUCGUUUAUUGCAGGAGCAGGCUGAUUCGCUUGCUGCUAAGGGUUCUAAGGGUAACAAGUACCAGCUUGCUGCACGGUACUUUGCUGGUCAGGUCACUGGUGAAGAUUACGCUGAUUUCCUGACAAGCUUGUUGUAUAAUGAGAUUUCUUCUGCUGGCUCUGCUGCUAAGCUUUGA